AUGGGGAAAUAUGGAGUGACUCAACGAAUUGCCACUACUUACCAUCCACAAACAAACGGGCAAGUUGAAGUGUCAAACUGUGAAAUCAAGUUCAUCUUGGAGAAGACUGUUAAACCUAACAGAAAGGAUUGGAGCUUGAGACUAAAUGACGCACUUUGGGCUUAUAGGACAACUUACAAGGGACCAAUAGGCAUGUCACCUUAUCGACUCGUUUUUGGUAAACCGUGCCAUCUCCCAGUCGAAUUAGAGCACAAGCCAUUUUGGGCAGUUAAGCAGUGUAAUAUGGAGAUGGAGUUUGCAGAAAAGUCUCGAAAGUUGGAAAUCUAG